AUGUCAAGAUUUAGAGUAAAAUUUGUAAAGAUCUUGUCAGUGAUAGUCAUAAUACUCGUGUCAUUGUUUAUCUAUUUUGAUAAUCGAGAUGAGAGAAUAUUCUUUAAAGAAAAUUACAUACAAUUAGGUGGUUCCCUAUAUGACGGAGCCGGCAAUGUUUGCCAUUUGCCUCUUAAUGUUAAUCCAUUUGACGAAAGUGUAUCUAAAUAUAUCUCAAUUUUGCCGAAACACAUUGAAUGUCGGCAUCAAAGCGACCCGACAACCAAUUUGACGUACAUCGACAGCACCGGUACUCUAAGGCAAGCGUACGGACAGUUUAAGUGUAACUAUCAGUUCUUCGGUCGUCGCGAAGGCAACGACAAUGAAUUGGAUUACAAGAAGAAUAUUCAGGAAUUGAAUCCCAAGACAGGCAUUCCGAUGGCUGACAAUAACUUUGUUUGGGUUGAAUGUCGUGAUCUGUUCUCGCGGAAGAUCUACGAAAACACUCACUUUUGGUACGAAAUAAAAUCAAAGCCAUCGAUGAGAGUCAAAACGGACGAUAAUGUCGAUAAGCCAUCGGUUCUCAUACUAGUGAUUGAAUCUCUUUCUCACAUAAAUUAUCUCCGAUUUAUGACCCAAACUCGACAAUCACUGGAAAGAUUGAAUCAUAUCGUUUACAUGAAAGGAUUGACCAAAUUGGCGGACAACUCGUUUCCAAAUAUGGUUCCCUUACUAACCGGCAAAAGAGUUUGGAAGAAUGAGUUACAAAACGAAGACUUUGGUCCAUACGAUGACUGGCCAUUCAUAUGGAAGGACUUUCAUAAUGCCGGUUAUAAGACAGCCCUAAUAGAGGACUUUCCGUCUUUCACACUAUUUAACUACGAGUCUCACGGCUUUGUCAGCCAACCGACCGAUUGGUAUCCGCGACCCUUUUGGAUACACCUAUUCCGUGAUGUCUCGAAAAUACUAUUGGGUUUAAUACCAUUUGAUUUAAGCAACUGUUAUAUGAAUCGGUUUCCCAAAAUUGAUAUAUUUUUUCAACAAAUCAAACAUUUCAUUCAUGAAUGUCAUGCAAAACAUUAUCCAUAUUUUGCAUUUAAUUUUUACAUCGAAGUCACACAUAAUGAUUUCAAUAGAGUACAACUCAUUGAUUCACAUGUUUCACAAUUUAUUGAACAAAUAAGAGAUCAAUUGAAUAAUACAAUAUUUAUAUUAAUGGGAGAUCACGGCAACCGAUUUGGACCGGUAUUGCAGACAGUGAUUGGCCGAAUUGAGGAAAGGAUGCCAUUAUUUGCUGUUAGAUUACCGGACCGUAUGGUUGAAAAAUAUCCACAUUUGUUAAAUACAUUGGAGACGAAUAGUGAGAAAUUGAUUACUUGGUUAGACUUGUAUGAAAUGCUAACAGAUAUCGUAUUUCAAAGAUAUAAAACACACGAAUCAUUCAUACAAUCAUCUCACCAACCAUUGUCCACAAUCCGAUCAUACAGUCCGUGGAGACAAUCAAUACCCGAUUGGAGGACGUGUGACAAUGCAUUGAUACCCGAAAACUAUUGCGUUUGCAAUAAACGUAAACUAUUGAACAUAACUGAGCCGAUCGUGAAGACUGCAUCCGUAGCUCUGAUCAAACAAAUCAAUGGUUUAGUGCCUCCACUCAAAUGCCAAACAGUUUACUUGAAAUCAACGAUUUCAGCUGAAAUUAUACUUCCGAGUAGUUCAACGGCCAAACCGCGUGGUUUCGAAAGUCGUAUAGAAAUAACCGUUUUAGCUGAACCUUCGGGCGCUAUAUUUCGCGGACAACUCAUCCGUACGGUUUACACACCCGACUGGACUGUUAAGGGAGAGAUCAAUCGGAUCAACAAAUAUGGAAAUCAAUCGCAUUGUGUCCGUCAAAGACAACUCAAACCGUUUUGUUUUUGUAUGGAUUUGCAUUCAACAUAAUCUUGUAAAUGACUUAUUUUAUAUAUACAAUACUUAAAUAUAUUGAUAGUUA